AUUUUAUUAGAAAAUAUGUUGGUGGCAUCUCAACAGCACCCGUUCGAGGUUUGGCUGCCUUGGCAACACUCGGGUCUCCAGCUCCAGGCCAACCGGGCGCAUAGUAUUUACGCAUCUCCAGCAAUGGCACCAGCACAUUUCCUUCGAUCUAUUAAGAGUCUUCCCCUCCUGAACAUUCACAGGAGCUACAGUGCAUCUCCAGCUGUUACCAAACUUUUUAUCGAUGGCCAAUUUGUGGAGAGCAAAGCAACUGAGUUUGUGGAUGUGCAUAAUCCAGCCACCAAUGAAGUUGUGACCAGAGUCCCAAAGAGCACACAAGAUGAGAUGCAGGCUGCAGUUGAUGCAGCCAAAGCUGCCUUUAAAUCAUGGUCUAAAGCCUCAGUACUUACGAGACAGCAAGUCAUGUUCAAGUACCAGCAGUUGAUUAAAGAUAAUAUUCAUGAACUGGCAAAGAACAUCACACUUGAGCAAGGGAAAACUCUUGUUGAUGCUGAAGGAGAUGUUCUGCGAGGCUUACAGGUUGUGGAACACUGCUGCAGUAUCACCAGUUUGCAGCUUGGGGAGACUAUGCCUGGUAUUGCUCGUGACAUGGAUGCCUUUUCUUUCCGUGUGCCCCUUGGAGUGUGUGCUGGCAUUGCCCCUUUCAAUUUCCCAGCGAUGAUUCCCCUUUGGAUGUUCCCUGUUGCUUUGGUUUGUGGAAAUACCUAUAUCUUUAAGCCUUCUGAGCGUGUCCCAGGAGCUACAAUGAUGCUGGUUGAAAUGCUAAAGGAAGCAGGCUGUCCAAAUGGUGUUGUUAAUGUUAUCCAUGGUCAGCAUGAUGCUGUCAACUUUAUAUGUGACAAUCCAGCUAUUCGGGCAAUUUCCUUUGUUGGAUCAGACCAAGCUGGAAGGUACAUUUAUGAGAGAGGAUCUAAGAAUGGCAAGAGAGUACAGUCAAAUAUGGGAGCCAAAAACCAUGGAGUGAUCAUGCCUGAUGCCAACAAGGAAAGCACAUUGACACAGCUAGUUGGAGCUGCCUUUGGAGCUGCAGGCCAGAGAUGCAUGGCCCUUAGUACAGCAGUCUUUGUUGGUGAGGCUAAGAACUGGCUGCCAGAGUUGGUGGACAGGUCAAAGAAUCUAAAAGUAAAUGCUGGGCAUGUGGCUGGAGCUGAUUUGGGUCCUGUUAUUUCUCCUGAAGCUCGUGAUCGUAUCUGCAGUCUUGUCCAGGCUGGAAUUGAUGAAGGAGCAAAUUGUAUUCUUGAUGGGCGUAAUAUUACUGUGCCAGGAUAUGAGAAUGGAAAUUUUGUUGGUCCCACUAUUCUUGCAGAUGUUACACCUAACAUGAAAUGCUACAAGGAGGAGAUUUUUGGCCCAGUGUUAGUUGCACUCUCUGUUGACACACUCGAUGAAGCUGUGGACCUAAUUAAUACUAACUGCUAUGGAAAUGGUACUGCCAUCUUCACCACCAAUGGAGCUACUGCAAGGAAAUUUACCAGUGACAUCGAUGUUGGUCAAGUUGGUGUAAAUGUGCCUAUCCCAGUGCCACUGCCCAUGUUCUCCUUUACCGGCUCUCGUGGAUCAUUCCUUGGAGAUGCUAAUUUCUAUGGCAAAGCUGGCAUCAAUUUCUACACUCAGUUGAAGACAGUGACUCAGAUGUGGAAAGAGUCUGACGUUACUCCAACACAGUCAGCAACAGCGAUGCCAGUGAUGCGAUAAGCUUGGAUGGUCAAUUAUGAGCUUGGAGAAAUUCCUCUAAAUUAAGCAGAUAUUAUGCACUGAAGAAAUGUUUGGAGGCAUGAAGAGAGUUGCCAAAUUUGGAAUUGCAAGAAAAAAAGCUUAUGUUCUCAUACAUUAGGUGAAAAAAAAUUCCCAGGAGUAACACCAUGAUAUAAAUUAAUAUCAUUUUGCUGUUUCUUACAUUCCAAAAGCAAACUGCAUAGGUAAAUGAAAAAAAUCUGCAAGAUUUUUUGGAAUUUAUGAAAUAUUUUUGUAGUUUAUCUGUGAUCACCCAUAUUCUGCUACAUAAAAAGUGCAAAUAGAUUAUCAGUGUUCCUCUAGAAAAUUAAUUGAAUAUAAUAAUUCACAGAAAUGUAGUUUGGUGAUAUGCAUCAAAUGCAUUCAGUGCAAAUACUGAUGAUUAGUUGGGAGUGUUUGUAUCAAUAAAUAAAAUUAAGUACAUAUAUAUAU